UCGCCAGUUCGCUGGGCGAAUCCUGCAGCUUAGCGUUUGUCAAAGCAUAUUUUAUGAAUAAACGCUCAAAUGCUGCCACUGGGCGAUGACAAAAAGGAUCGCUAUGCCAAGCUGUCCUUUCUGGGCGAGGGUCAGUUCGCCAUUGUGUACAAGGCGCGCGAUACCGUCACCAGCCAAAUUGUGGCCGUUAAGAAGAUUAAGAAGGGCAGCCGUGACGAGGCACGCGAUGGCAUCAAUCGCACAGCAUUGCGCGAAAUUAAGAUACUGCAAGAGCUGCAGCACGAGAACAUCAUUGGACUCGUCGAUGUCUUUGGCCAGCUGUCGAAUGUGUCGCUUGUCUUUGAUUUCAUGGACACCGACCUUGAGGUCAUCAUCAAGGACAACAAGAUCAUACUCACACAGGCGAACAUCAAGGCAUAUGCGAUCAUGACGCUACGUGGCCUCGAAUAUCUGCACGUCAAUUGGAUCCUGCAUCGCGAUCUGAAGCCCAAUAAUUUGCUAGUGAACAGCGAUGGCAUCUUAAAAAUUGGUGAUUUCGGUCUGGCCAAGAGUUUUGGAUCGCCCAAUCGCAUCUAUACCCAUCAUGUGGUCACGCGCUGGUAUCGCUCGCCGGAGCUGCUCUUUGGUGCCCGGCAGUAUGGAACCGGUGUGGACAUGUGGGCCGUUGGCUGCAUACUGGCUGAGCUGAUGUUGCGUGUACCCUUUCUGCCCGGCGAUUCGGAUCUGGAUCAGCUGACGCGGAUAUUCAGCGUCUUGGGCACACCCACAGAAGCCGAAUGGCCGUAUAUCAGCAAACUCCACGACUAUCUGCAGUUCCGUCACUUUGUGGGCACACCCCUACCGAAUAUCUUCACAGCCGCCGGCAAUGAUAUGAUCACUCUGAUGCGCCGUCUGUUUGCCAUGAAUCCCCUCAAGCGUUGCUCGUGCCGGGAGGCGCUGAGCAUGCCCUAUUUUCGCAAUAAGCCUGCUCCCACCGUUGGCCCCAAGCUGCCCAUGCCGUCGUCCAUAUUGGCCCUCAAGGAGGGCGCCAACACCGAGAAGCCUGCACUCAAACGUAAAUUGGUCGAGACGACAGUCCGAACCAACUUUCUGCCUCAGAAGAAAAAGUUGAUGUUCUAGGCGGCUAUUGCAUUCAGUUCUUAUUUAACUAGAUGUUUAAGCUACACGUUUACAAUACAUUUAUUAUACAUAUACUAUAU